AUGGCCUUUGCCGCACCUGCUGCCUCGACUCUAUUUUCACGCCUCCUUCGACCUUUCUCGACCGGCACGCCAUUUCUUUCUCUGACCCCGGAAUCUCAAUCAGGCAACAUGUCUACUGAAACCGCGACCGUCGCGGCCGGCUGCUUCUGGGGCGUCGAGCAUCUGUACCGUAAGAAUUUCGGCAACGGAAAGGGCCUUUUGGACGCGAAGGUCGGAUACUGCGGUGGCAACACUUCGUCGCCGUCCUACCGUGCUGUCUGCAGCGGAGACACUGGGCAUGCCGAAGCUCUCCAGGUUACCUUUGAUCCCUCCGUUGUCACAUACCGCCAGCUUCUCGAGUUCUUCUACCGCAUGCAUGAUGCAACUACGCUGAACCGCCAGGGCCCCGAUGUCGGCUCUCAGUACCGUAGCGUGAUCUUCACUCACGGUGACGAGCAGCAGAAGAUCGCGGAGAGCAUCACGGACAAGGUCAGCAAGGAGUGGUAUAAGAAGCCUGUUUCCACACAGGUUGUGCCCGCCGGCCAGUGGUGGGAUGCUGAAGAGUACCACCAGCUGUACCUGCAGAACAACCCGGCUGGCUUCAUCCGAGACUUCCCUCCCCUCUCGGAUUGA